GUAGCCUUAUAAUGGCUUUCGUAAAUAAAAGGUUUUUAUUACGUUCGUUUCAAUGAUUUACUCGUUACCUUUCAUUGGAUUUGUUUAUAUUAUUUUCAAACAAAGUCUGUGUUCACUUGCUUGUUUUAAAUCAUGUGUAUUUCUAAAUCGUUGUACUGAUUUUCGGUUUAAAAGAGUUUCGUACUUCGACACACUCAUGUUUACCGUCUUAAGUCCACGUGGGCGCUUGCGCGAUUACAUGUACCGCAUUAGUUGAUGUUUCCGCAUUAAAAGUCAUAAGCGACGUGAGAAAACUGGGCGCUUAUGUUCUACGGGGGUGAGCGUGUUGACCGCCGGGCGCCGCGCCGGACAUUCGCCCGCCCGCCGCCACCGCCACCACCCGCGCACCACGCGGCCACCAUCAAACGGAGCACGAUACAUUCGCGACAAGCCGCCUGAAGUGAAUAUUCAAGCAAAUCGAAAAUAACAUUUUAAAACGGCAUCGUCGCUUUCAUUUACAACGGGAAGUCAUGUGACGCGCGAUGCCAUCGUUAGAUAUUCCUACUGACAAUUCAAAUGCAUUUACCGUAAUAAACCAUGAGGACGAAAAGCAUAUUGUAAAACACGUGCCGCUACCGCGUAUCGUAAAUGUUGUUAAACCGCUCCAGCACGAUGACGGCCGCACACACCUACCGAGCGCGACAAAAGAGCAGCUGACGGAGAAAAUGGUCGCUGCCGUCGCUCCGCAGACUAUUCUCGAUCCUAAAUUCACUCGGGCGCUCGAUUUCAAACUCCGUCGUCUGAAAGAGAAAGAAAUUUUGGAGGCCAAUCUUCGACGGCCAACGCGCCAUCGCCGUCGCGCCGGAGGCCUAGCGACUUCCAAUCCUAAUCUGACGUGGAAAGAUCAAACACCUCCAAAAAAAAUGUUGAGUCAAUCUCAACCUCGAAUUGAUAUAAUAUCGAGUGAGUGUGAGAGGACGAAAAUAUCUCCCAACAUAGCUAAAUCUCCAUCAACAAAUAAAAACCGUAGCAAAGUCUCUGGGACGAGCGAGGGAGACAAACCAAGAUUCGUAACUACCGUGAAAACUGGUCAGUUUCUCCUUCCACCACCGGACGUCGCUUGCCUCCUUGGAUUAGAAACACUAUAUCCAGCGCAGGAAAGAGAAAAAAUUGUAUAUUCCUAUGCAAGUAAACCGAAGGCUGUAACGAAUCGGAGCAAACGAUCCGUUCCUGAAAAGAAAGUAGAAACAAUACCAAACGGUGUGCCUCCUGGAACAAACAACGAGAAGCGAGUCAGCGGCGGUGAAGUUUUCAGAGGAGUCCGAGCGCUGAUAGCAGGUGUCGCCGGCGUCAAACAUCUUCUCGAGGAACAUGAUCACGUUGGUAGUAUGGCGACGGGUGCGACGGGUGCAACGGGCAACACAGGCUACUCCAAUGUUAUGCACGACAAGCGAGUUGUCCGCGGCAGCACUUUUGGAGCACACCCUCACGCUGCUGGCGAUGGCUUGGAGAGCGGUGCUGCACGAGCAGCGCGGACGAGAAGACGCGCGCUCGCUAGACGCGCCGCGUUGGCGCGCCUCCGGCCCGGUACACCACCACCUGCGCCUGGUCGUCGACAUCACCCGAUACAAACAGAGUACUACCUCGAGGAGCUAUUCGAUAAGGGGGUAGAAAUGGAGGUAGGUGUCCAAACGGACCUGUUCGUGGAUCGGCCCGCGACACCCAUCUACGUACCUGCGAAGACUGGUGCCGACGCCUCCACGCAAAUACAACCUGGAGAUCUAUUCGACUUUGACCUGGAAGUGCAACCGAUAUUAGAGGUCCUAAUUGGGAAGACGACAGAGCAGGCACUGGCGGAAGUGGCGCAGGAAGAAGAGUUGGCAACGUUACGUGAGCAGCAACGCCGCUACCGGGAACUGCGUGACGCGGAGCUCGCUGAGCGACAGCGGCUUGAACUACGGGACGAACGAUUAAACCAAGAGAAGGAAAGGCGCGUGGCGGAAGCACGUGCGGCUCGAGUGGCUGGCGAAGAAGCGCGCGGAAGGGUGGCUGCCGCGACGCUGGUGCAAGGCUACGUCGCGGAGCUCCUGCCGGCCGUGCUAGCUGGGCUGAGGGAUUCUGGCUACCUCGUACGACGUAUGCGGAGAGGAGUUGAAGAGGAGUUUAUGCCUUGGCUGAUACAAGAAGUGUCUCACGAGAUCGAGUCAAUAAUAACGAGUAGAGACGUUAUCGCGGAGAUCGUGCGCGACGUGGUGGAAACGCGCGCAGAACUGCUCGGCACAGAUGAACACGACUCUCAACGUGUAUCUCCACCUGACUCAAUCACGCCCCUCUCCGCACCCUCGGAGGAAGAACCGGAGGAGUAAGCGCGUUACGUGUAUUGGCUCUGGAUAAAAUUAUUAGUACAUAGUUAAGAAAUUUCUACAUUUCUUGACGUACUUUAAGAACCCGAAUUAAAACAUAUUAUUUUUCAAGUUUAUUACUUCAAAACUUACAAUAUGAGGACUGGACUCUACAUUAGAGGUUAUAGUCAAUUUAAGGUCGUGUGACCGUUCCUACGUUUCCUACUUGACAUAUGAUUUGGCGCCAAACUUGUCUCGUGAUUUAAAUAUUCAUAGCAAUUUUAUUAUGCCUAUUAUCUAACCUAGCAUAUAACACUUUAAUAACAUAAAAGAAGAUAUUAAAGACAAAAUGUUUAAUCGCCUUCUUUUGUUUGGAAUUGUAAUGUUACAUUGGCAACAUAUUUUGCACGUUUGAAGUGCUAUAUAAAUGACUUAUUAAAACAUUGUCGAAUCAUGUGCAAUUUUAUAACCUACGAGUUACUUAUGAUGUUAUAUUAAUCGUCUUUAAAUCUUCUUUGAUUUGUUAACUUAACUUAGCUACAGAUUGUAUUGUACAAAUAUCGAAUAAAUAUAGUGUUAUAAAAAAAUAGUAUAUUGUUACAAUAUUCUUAUUUAGAAAUCAAUUUAAGUUGUAAAUUAAUAAAAUAAUGCUCAUAACACAAUAUGGGAUUGUGCGCACUACGAUAAUUUAAUUAACCAUAGGAAAUUACGUAGUAAUUAUUAUAUUGUCAUUUUGAAAUGUUUUAUUGUGUUUUAUAAGAUAAAAAUAAAUUGAUAGAAGUAGGUAAAUGAACAUAUAAUGACAACAUUUAUAAUAUCAAUAAAAUAUAAAUAUUUUAAUUUGUAAACAGCAUUAUUACAAUUAACUAUACACACGAUGCAACGGAAACUUUUAUAACUCGUACGUUUGUAAAUUGUAUACUUUAGGUAUUAUUUAAAUAUUUUGUUAUAGUUUCUAAAAUAAAGGUCUUAAAUAGA